UUACUUUACUUUCAUCCGCAUUUUAUAGUUUAUUUAUUAAAAGCGUUUUUGUUGUUUUCCGCUUUAGUGUCAGAAUAUCUGACGUUAAUUGGAAUUGUGCAAUUACGUUUUCGUAUCUAUUUUAUGUGAUAGUGUUGCUUUUUUAAAUUCUUUCUCGAUCCUACAGCACCCAAUAGUUUCUUUUUUAGAGAAGAAAAUGAGUGACAGAGAACACAAAGAUCAGGGGAAUAAGUUGUUUUUAGCUCGACGUUUCGAUGAAGCAAUUUCAUGCUAUUCCAAAGCCAUUCUUAAAAAUGGUUCUGUUCCACAAUACUACACAAAUAGAGCUCUCUGCUCUCUCAAGCUUGGCCGUUGGGAUGCAGUAGUGCAAGAUUGCAAAAGUGCUUUAGAGUUAGACAACACUUGGGUGAAAGGGCAUUUCUUUCUGGGCCAAGCUUUAAUGGAAAAAGAAUGCUAUGAGGAAGCAAUAAAACAUCUUCAAAGGGCCCGUGAUCUUUCGAUGGAUCAGAAACUUAAUUUUGGGGAUGAUAUUACCAGUCAGUUAAGACUGGCAAAGAAGCAUCAUUUUACAAAGCAGGAGGAGAAAAGAAUUUCACAAGAAAUCGAACUACAGAUGUAUAUAAAUAGGCUCAUUCGAGAGGAUCGAGAUCGACAAAUCGAUUUGGUUAGUCAAGACAAAGAAUACAGUUCAGUGGAAAACGAAAUUUCGAACAUAGAGAACGUCACCGAUCGCUACCUGGCUGAAUUGAAUGACCUUUUCGCAACCGUCGAUGACCGAAGAAUGAAACGUGAAGUUCCAGACUAUUUAUGUGGCAAAAUCUCUUUCGAGAUCAUGAGAGAUCCAGUCAUCACUCCUUCAGGAAUAACCUACGAUAGGAAAGACAUCGAAGAACAUUUGCAGCGAGUUGGACAUUUUGACCCUGUGACGCGAGUUAAAUUGACCAAAGACCAAUUGAUUCCAAAUUUCUCCAUGAAAGAAGUUGUCGACUCGUACCUGACCGAAAACGAAUGGGCUCAGCACUACUAACCACUUUUUUAAGGAUCAUUCAUUGAUUUUGAUUCUCUUAAAAACUCCGCCGCAUUGUAUUAAAUGAAAUCGAUAUAUAUUAUGAUUUGAAUCGCCGAGCCCCAGUUGUGAUGUUUCCUAUCGGGUUGGAUGAUAAUCAGGAAGUAAAUGUUGCUAUACAGUCUUUCGCUAUUGAUUGCACAUUGCUGUUGUACUUCAAUAGACGAUGCUGGAAAUUUUA